AUGACCAGAGACCGAUGCCACCGGCAAAUGAAGAUGAUGGGUAGGGGUCCUGACAGAGGUUGCGGCACUGACGAGAGGCCUUGCCGUCCAAUUUCUAGGGUUCCGGCAUCUAAUUCCCUCGUAAACGAAUCUGAAAUACCUCAACCGACAGUAAAGAAACCGACUUCACCCCACGUUGAUUUCUUCUCCCAAGCUAAUAAGGUCUUAAGCGUGCUCUCGCCAUUUGAUGUUGCAGAGAAUGCGUCUGGUUCUGGUGUUUCUAGUUUUCCAAGUGUGUCUACUUUGCCUAGUCGGUUGGCUAGUUUGUUGAGGCAAUCAGAUGGCAGUAGAAAGAGACAUAAAAGGUCUCAUUCCGGUGCGGAUAAGAAGUCUUCUUCGCGGGCUAGUGACAGGUCUAAAGGAGGGAAUAUUUGGGUUGAGACUGAAGAUUACUUUAGGGAACUGACAUUGCUUGAUAUUGAUGCUUUGUUUAAGUUAUCUUCUUUAUUUAAUUCUUUAGAUUACAGUAAGUGUUUUUAUAUUCCGUAUAUUGGAAAUGAGAAAACUGAGAGAACUGAGACUACCGUGGCAAAUGUGAAAACUGAGGAAAAUGUGAAUGAGAAUGCUGAACAAAACGAGACUAGUGAACAAACGGACACAAGGGCCAAUGUGGAAAUGGAUUGCGUGGUUGGAAAUGGAAAUGGACUCAUUGUGAAAGAUGAGGUUAAUCAAGAGGAUGAUCAGUUUAUGGAAGUUGAUUGUGUGGCAACUCAAAGUGAUGGAGCUGUGUUUUUGUCCCGGGAGGAAGAAAGCGCUUGCUCUGUUUAUGAUUUGUCUAGCAGUGUAGAGUGGCUUUUAGGUUGUAGGAAUAGGAAUAUACUGACCUCUGAACGGCCUUCCAAGAAGCGGAAGCUUUUAGGCGGUGAUGCAGGGUUGGAGAAAGUUUUGGUUGGUUGUCCUUGUGAAGGAAAAUUAUCCCUAUGUGAUUUUUGCUGCAAGGGUGAGAUGGGUAACGAUUCAAACAGGUUGAUUGUUUGCUCUUCUUGCAAGGUUGCAGUUCAUCUUAAGUGUUAUGGUGUGCAAGGGGAUGUAAACGAGUCUUGGUUGUGUUCCUGGUGCAAGCAUAAGAGUGAUGGCAAUGAUUUAGGGAAGCAGUCUUGUGUACUUUGUCCGAAGCAGGGUGGUGCGUUGAAACCUAUUGAUGUAGAAAAUGGUGGGUCUGUUCUGGAGUUUGUACACUUGUUUUGUUCCCAGUGGAUGCCUGAGGUCUAUAUAGAGGACUUAAUGAAGAUGGAGCCGAUUAAAAAUGUGGGAGGAAUUAAGGAAACCCGAAGAAAAUUAGUGUGUAAUGUAUGCAAGGUGAAGUGUGGUGCCUGUGUUCGGUGCAGUCAUGAGAAUGCAGUGAUUGAGUGCGGUGAGGACUUGCUAUGUAAAAUGUUUGGUGAUGUUUUUAGCACCUCUUUGAUGUUUGGUGAUGAACUUGCAGAACUGCUUUCCAUCCUAUAUGUGCAAGGGAAGCAAGACACAGGAUGGAGGUCUGGGGCAAAUAUGGUUCUGAUAAUGGAUAGCUCUCAAUUAGGAGAGGCUUUUGUGGCUGCCAGUCAUGACUGCUCUGUUGCCAGCCAUAAUCCAUCAAUGUUGCAAAUGAACAAACAACACAAGUUAAAUAUCGGCCGAAACGGAGAUAGACUUGCUAUCCGCAUAGAAACUUCUGAUACUAAUGCUGGUAAACCCGGUGACGGUGAAUUACGGGAAAUAGGAGUUUGCGAUUCCAGAUCAAAUGCUGUACCUCUGUCAGAAUCUGGGGAUGUAGAUCAACUCAUUGAUAUAGGGAUAUUUGAGAGAAGCGGCUAUGAGGGUGCUAGCACCGACCCCCGAGAUCUUUUGCUGAUUUUGAAGAAGUUAAUUGAUCAAGGAAAAGUAAAUGUAGAAGAACUGGCAAUGGAAAUCGGCACCUCACCUGAUUUGUUAAUUUCAACACUGGCUGAAGUUAAUUCGGCCCCUGAUUUUCAGCCCAAAUUAGUCAAGUGGUUUCAGAAUCAUGUUUACAUGGCUAAUCGACAUAAAAAUUUUAAAGUUAAACUAAAGUCCACAAUUUUACCAAAGGCCGAUAUUGGAACAGCAGACCCUUCUGAUGGUAUAACAGUAUCGGAGACUGAUAUUACAGAUGCUGUUGCUGUCAAGUCAGUUCCCCCUCGGAGAAGAACCAAAAGUAACAUUAGAAUUUUGAGGGAUAACAGAGUAAUUUGCUCACCUGAGGGAAUUUUGAGUGACAAUGGGAUAUUGAUGGAUGAGAUUAAAGUCAUCGGUCAACUGGGAAGUGAAGAACCAGAAAAUUGUAGGGAAGGAUACAUCACUGAUUUGGCUGAAAAGAAGGUUUGUAUUGAUGUUGAUAAGAGGAAGCAGUGGGGUUUAUUUUAUGUUGGACUGGGAGAUGCUGAUUAUGGAGUGAGAAGUAGUGGGUUGUGGUUAUCUUUUACAGUGGUGGAAGUUACUGCCAUUUGCAAAUUUGUACUGAGAUCCAAUUUGCCUGCCUUUGCGUUCUGUUCUUUCCUUUUGCUUUUAGAUUCUACUCACCAUUUGAUCCCUGAUGUUUUUCAAGACUCUUCGGUGGCGCAUUUGCCUAAAUGUGAAGAUAAUGUCUCAGGUGGAAGCCUUUCUGAAAAAAACGAAACAGUCCAUGCUGCUAUUCCAGAGAACAGUAAUUCAAUUAACACAGAUGGGAGAGUUCCUGUCUAUUCGGAUUUAGUCAUCCCUAAUUUCAUAAAGCCAGAAGAAUAUUCUGAUUUUUAUGUCCAUCCGUGUAUCCAUGAGAAGCUGUCACGGAUACAAAGUGGAAUUCCUUUACAAAAAGGAAUUUCUGGAGUUGAAGGUUCAAAAGAUGGAGAAAUCUCUCGUUUGGAGGCGUCUUCCAAUGCUAGUGUCUGCUGUAAUCAUCAGAAUAAACUUUCAAAGUGCGAUGACUUGAUCUGUAAUUCCAGUGAAGUAAAUCUAGAGCAGCUGGCUAAGGCUAAGAAAUUGGGAAUUCUCAAACUGUCUCCAGUGGACGAAGUGGAAGGAGAAAUUAUGUAUUUUCAGCAGAGGCUACUUGGCAAUGCAGUUGCAAGAAAGCACUUUACUGAUAAUUUAAUAUCUAAGGUUGCUAGGCAUCUACCCCAGGAGAUCGACGCAGCUAGGGGGAAAAGAUGGGAUGAAGUGCUUGUUAACCAGUAUCUUUGUGAUGUUAGAGAAGCAAAGAAGCAGGGCAGGAAAGAAAGAAGGCAUAAGGAAGCCCAAGCUGUUCUAGCUGCUGCAACUGCUGCAGCAGCAGCUUCUUCUCGGACUUCGUCAUUUAGGAAAGAUGCCUUUGAUGAAUCUGCUCAUCAGGAGAAAUAUAAUACUUCUAAUGGGAGGGCUGGCAUUUCUUCUCAGUUGAUGCCACGUCCAAAAGAAAUGCUUUCAAGGGUGGCUAUUCCAAGGAUUUCAUCAGAGAAGUACUCUGAUUUUGUUCAGUCAGUUUCAGACUUUUCUAAAGAUUAUCCUAGAUCAUGUGAUAUAUGCAGACGAUUUGAGACAAUACUGAACCCUAUCUUAGUCUGCUCUGGAUGCAAGGUUGCAGUUCACUUGGAUUGCUAUCGUUGUGUGAAGGAAUCUACUGGUCCAUGGCAUUGUGAAUUAUGUGAAGAAUUAUUGUCAUCUAGAUGCUCUGGAGCUCCUGUCAAUUUUUGGGACAGGGAAAAUGGUGCUGAAUGUGGUUUGUGUGGUGGUAUUACUGGCGCUUUCAGGAAAGCUACUGAUGGUAGAUGGGUUCAUGCCUUUUGUGCAGAGUGGGUUUUUGAACCAACAUUCAGAAGGGGACAAGUAAAUCCUGUUGAAGGAAUGGAAACAAUUGCAAAGGAGAUUAACAUUUGUUGUAUCUGCCGUCAUAGACAUGGUGUCUGCAUAAAAUGUAGUGCUGGUCACUGUCAAACCACAUUUCAUCCAACCUGUGCUAGAAGUGCUGGUUUUUACAUGAAUGUUAAGACUCUUAAUGGCAAGAUGCAGCACAAGGCAUACUGUGAAAAGCAUAGCUUGGAGCAGAAGGCAAAGGCUGAAACUCAAAAACAUGGAGAAGAGGAGAUAAAGAGCAUGAGGCAAGUCAGGGGUCAACUGGAGAGAUUACGUCUUAUUUGUGAAAGAAUUGUCAGACGUGAAAAAAUAAAGCGGGAGUUGGUCUUAUGCUCACACAAUAUACUUGCUUGCAAACGAGACCAAGUUGCUCGUUCGGUACUUGUUCGUAGUCCCUUUUUCCCUACAGAUGUUAGUUCAGAAUCAGCUACAACAUCCCUCAAAGGGAAUACUGAUGGGUACAAGUCAUGCAGCGAUGCAGUCCAAAGAUCGGAUGAUGUAACAGUAGACAGCACCAUUUCUGUCAAGCACCGAAUUAAGGUGGCUUUGACCAUGGACCCUGAUCAAAAGACAGAUGACAGCUCCACGUCUCAAAACCUUUUUACUCCAAAACCUUCUGAGAGGAUGCCUUUUGCCGGGAAGCAAAUGCCUCAAAGACCUUCCUCUGCAUCAGGUAAUCUUUUGGAUGAGGGAGAAUGGAGCUCAAAAUCAAAGCAUUAUGAGACUUUUGAGAAAGAGCUGGUAAUGACUUCAGAUGAAGCAUCAAUGAAGAACCAGAAGUUACCUAAAGGAUAUUUUUAUAUUCCUGUCGAUUGCCUUCCAAAGGAGAAGCAGAUCAAUCGGGAUGCAUGUUCUGGCGAACCCAUGGAACAUGAUGGGUAG